UUAAUAACUACAACAACUGCAAAAGCAUCUAUAAUUCUAAUAUUUGACACAGCAAAAGCGAGUUUGGGCGCCUCGCUUUAAGAUAGAAGAAUUAGAAUAUUGAAAUCGAUCGGACAGUGGUUUUAGUGGUAGCAGAAUGACCAUCAACAACGAUGACCAUGGUGAUAGUGACAACAGAAACUAUAUUACAUCAACAAGGACCUGUAGUACUAAUAGCUACGUGGAGCAGUCGAUGGAUGACGAAGGUAUCGAUACGAUGCUGACAAAUGACAAGGCAACGCUCAUACAGAUGUGGUCCCCGAAGAGCUAUGGUUCAGUGAGGGGUCAAAUACCUAAACAAGAUCGCCUCACUUACACUUGGCGUGAACUUGAUGUGUUCGGUGAAGCACCGAAAGACGAGAACAAACGCGAAUCACUAUGCAACCGCCUUCGCUACUGCCUGCGCCAGCACAAGGACAUCAAUCCGCGCAAACACCUAUUGAAGAACGUCACCGGUGUGGCAAAAAGUGGCGAGCUACUGGCCGUCAUGGGAAGCUCUGGAGCAGGCAAAACCACGCUGCUCAAUGCACUCGCAUUUCGAUCACCUUCUGGAGUGAAGAUAUCGCCGAAAGCAGUUCGUGCACUGAACGGAAUACCGGUAAAUGCGGAGCAGUUGCGAUCCCGGUGUGCCUACGUUCAGCAGGACGACCUGUUUAUACCAUCGCUCACGGCUAAAGAGCACCUCGUUUUUCAAGCCCUGCUCCGAAUGGGGCGCGACGUACCACACACCGUCAAACUGCAUCGUGUUGACGAAGUGCUGCAAGAUCUAUCGCUCACGAAGUGCGCAGACAUAAUCAUCGGUGCACCUGGUCGCACAAAGGGCCUUUCUGGUGGGGAGCGUAAGCGAUUAGCGUUCGCAUCCGAAACGCUCACUGAUCCGCAUCUGCUCCUGUGUGACGAACCGACAUCAGGACUAGACUCGUUCAUGGCACAUAGUGUCCUACAGGUUUUGAAGGGUAUGGCGAUGAAAGGCAAAACUAUUGUCUUCACAAUUCAUCAGCCUUCAUCCGAGCUGUACUGUUUAUUUGAUCGCAUUUUGCUGGUUGCGGAGGGUCGUGUGGCAUUCCUUGGAUCACCUUAUCAGUCGGCGGAGUUUUUUUCGCAGUUGGGAAUACCUUGUCCACCAAACUACAAUCCGGCUGACUUCUACGUACAGAUGCUUGCGAUUGCUCCGGCCAAAGAAACCGAGUGCCGGGAAACUAUUAAAAAAAUCUGUGAUUCCUUUGCAGUCAGUCCUCUUGCGCGCGAAGUCCUUGAUACUGCAUCUGCUACUAGUAGCAUUAAAGCAAGUGGUGGAGCUAAUGGUAUAAACACACAAGAUGCUUAUUUUCUGCAACCGUUGGAUGCUACCUAUGGAAUCGGAUACCGUUCAAGUUGGUGGACCCAAUUUUACUGCAUACUGUGGCGUUCUUGGUUGAGUGUGUUAAAGGAUCCCAUGCUAGUGAAAGUUCGGCUUUUGCAGACGGCGAUGGUGGCAUCGCUUAUCGGCUCAAUUUAUUUUGGUCAGGUUCUUGACCAAGACGGUGUGAUGAAUAUCAACGGUUCCUUGUUUCUGUUUCUAACCAACAUGACCUUCCAAAACGUAUUCGCCGUUAUCAACGUAUUCUCUGCCGAGUUGCCUGUGUUCCUGCGCGAGAAACGCUCACGUCUCUACCGCGUCGACACGUACUUCCUUGGGAAAACGAUUGCUGAACUGCCGCUAUUCAUCGCCGUACCAUUCGUAUUCACUUCCAUCACCUACCCAAUGAUCGGGUUGAAGGCAGGUGUUUCGCACUAUCUCACGACACUUUUUGUUGUUACGCUCGUUGCCAACGUUUCUACCUCCUUUGGGUACCUCAUAUCCUGCGCCAGCUCUUCUAUUUCGAUGGCUCUCUCUGUGGGGCCUCCAAUCGUGAUUCCAUUUCUCAUCUUUGGUGGUUUCUUUCUCAACUCGGCAUCGGUUCCGCCAUAUUUCAAGUACCUUUCAUACUUGUCCUGGUUUCGGUAUGCAAACGAAGCAUUGCUCAUAAACCAAUGGAGCACUGUCGGUGAUGGUGAAAUUGCAUGUCCGCGUUCCAAUGUCACCUGUCCACAAUCAGGUGAAAUCAUUCUGCAAACGUUUAAUUUUCGUCCUGAAAACUUUACCCUCGAUAUUAGUUGUCUGAUUGGACUAAUCAUCCUCUUUCGAAUGGGUGCCUUGUUUUGCCUUUGGUUGCGUUCGCGCAGCAAGGAGUAACCGUUCUCGAUAGCACAUAAAGCUCUUAAAUUGUUUACCCUUCACUCGUUUUCGCAAAAAGUAACAGAACAUCACACGGUUCUUCUUCGAUUCAACAAUGUUUUUCGAAAAAUUAUAUUACAGGUGUGUAUGUGUGCUAAACAACAUGUUUUUUUUUUAUUUCACUAUAUUCGUCAUGGUAAUCUUAUUCAACGCUUAAACGCACAAUCUUUCAUCAAUCAAUCGGCGAUGAGCCAACACUUGUCCAAGCAAUCAACAAUAGACUGAUCACUCAAAAUGGCCGAACUUGUCACCAUAAGUGAGUGAGUGUAACUCCGAAAUUCAACCCCACAAGUUAAAAAAAGAAACAAUAUGCCUUGCUCAGCGUAACACGCACCUUUGAAGUUGUUCGUUCAGCAAGCUUUUGUAUUACUGGACAUUAAAUUCAGUAUAUCAAUUUCAAAGAAAAUUAAAACACCGAAAAGGAUCGGUGUCUCAUUGGAAACAUAAACAAAUUGAAACAUUUAACCUAUAUAGACAUACCAGCUACGAAAUCAAAUGUUUGAAAUGAAAAAUUCUAUUUUAUUCAAAGUAUGUGCCAUCGCUAGAUACACAUUCCUCCUAUCUCUCUACUAAAUCGUGGAUUCCACGCCGAAGGAAAAGAAUUCGGUUUCACCAGGUUUUGGGAGCUCGCGGCACACGACACCUUUCUGGUCCCACCAGACACACAGCAUUGUCUUUUUACCGAAUCGAUCUGGUUUUGCAGUAGAAGUUGAUGGUUUUCCCGGGCUAACCCAAGAUUUCAUUUUAGGCUUCCUGAAAUGAAUCCACUUCCUAUACCCAAUCACGAUCUGAUGGAGCAAUAACUUCCUUUUGUACCUAGCGAGCAGAAUUUUACAUGUGGUUUUUCGGUUUCCGUGCUGUAUUUCGUUCACUUCAUUUUCUAAUUGUUGGAGCAUCCACCGUAUUCAUCACAUUUGGCUCCUAAUGGCUUCCAUCGGUUACCACACCUAAAACAAAUCAUGCGUGGAACGCGCUUUUCAUCAAAUGAUUGAUCAAAGCUGUUAAAGCGAACUUUGCAGCACUUCCAGAUUCUCACUUCAGGGUUAGGAUUCACAAAUUGGAAUCUCGUUGGAACAAGUGUGAUGUUCAG